AAACAAAAAAAAAAGAACAAAAAAAAAAAAGGAAAUCAAAAGCAGGGGUUUAAGAGUUAUUUAUAUAAAUGUUGAGAUUUUUGCACUAUUUUUUAAUAUAAAUAUGUCAGUGCUUGUGUUGGUCAGAGCCUCUAUCAUGUCUACCAUGCAGCUGUUAAGGGAUGUUUGUCCAUGGAGGAGCAGUGAGUGGGGCUGUGGGUGCUGCAGGGCUGUGCAGCCGGGCUAGGGGGGUUGGGAGGGGUUGGGGGGGCAAAGCAGGCAGAAAUUACUUGAUUUUUUUCUUUAUUAUUUUUUUUAUUUUUAUUUUUUGGACAACCUCAAACUUUCCGGGGGGGAUGGCGGCAGCGGGGAUGAGAAUAAACUUCUGUGUCUGAAGGAACAAAGUGGUUUUUGGUUUAUUUCUUUCCAUGCUCAGCCUGGAGGGCCCUGCGUGUAGGUGUGGAAGCAGCAGAGCGGCCGUGCCCACCUCAACCCCCUCACCCCAAAGCCAGACCUGGAGUGCAGCUGCAGGGCUGCUGCACCGCUGUGCUGUGUGGGGCCGCGCUCUGCUCCCAGCACCCAUCAGCUCUGUUUUUUGCUUUCUUAGCCCUACUAGACAGGUGUGAGGUGUGAGCUGGGAACGAGCCUGUUCCUGUGAUGGGUCAAUUAAAAGCUAACUGGAUAGGCUCAGUGCUUUAGAAGCAAAACCCCUUCACCUCUUGGGAAGAUCCGUGCUGCGCUCAGCUCAGCUCCGCGAGCCGUCCGUCCCGCUGUGCUCUGUGCUGCAGUGUCAGUGCUGGGAGGUGUGGGGCUGUUGCCCAGCAGUGAGAAAGGUGGAAGACAUAAAGGCAAUAAGUUGUUGUUAAGCAACUCUUCUAUUACUUGAAAAAGAGAAAUAUGUGAGAACAGUUGUGAAGUUGUGGCCAUUUGAACGGUAUUUAUAUACGUGUUGAUGAAGAUGGAGAAUAGCUGAACUUGAAGUUUGAUUAUUUUCUUUUUGCUUUUUUGUUCUAAAUCCUGUAUUCUCUCAGUCCUUCUGAGCACUUUUCUGCAGCUCUCGGGGUCCUCCCAGCUUUACAGCCGUGCAAAACCACAAAAGAAGCAACCAGAAAUGUGAAGGAGUGACUCGAGUGUGUCAGGAAGGCGCAAAGUGAGUUUAUACAAACGAAUCUCUAUGUAACAUAUCUAUUUAGUGCCUUAUGAACGAAGCGGCAUCACUCCCUUUUGCAAGAGGGGAGAAGGAAAUCCUGGGCAUCGCCACCCAGCAGUGCUGCUCUGCACGCCUUGCACAGGGCAGCUGUCCCCCCAUGGGUUAUGGAUGCUGCCUGGGUCACCUGGGGACUCCUGCCCAUGGCACGGGUCAGGAAUCCCAGCAGCUGUUGGACUUGAGGUACCAACCAAAAGACAUCUGUAAUGUCUGCUGCCCUCUUGAGCCAGAACGCGUGCAUAGUGUGGUUGGGUUUUGUUUCCGGGAGGUGUUCUGUUCUCUGAGCUUAUCUCGUGUGUUUGCUACAAAAACCAAAUGGUUACCUCAGCGGGUGUGGGCUGCGAUGUGGAUCGUGGUCCCACGUGGAGCAGCCGAGGCAGGCAGGGGUUCUUAGUGAUGCUGUUGGGGCAGUGGGCACCAAGCGGUGCCGUGUUGGCAUUGUGCAGUCAGAGCAGCUCCGGGUCUUCCAUCAGUCCUUGGCAUUUCAACUCCUUCUCCCUUUUCCCUCCCCAUCCUUUCCCAAUGCAAACUUCAGUUUCACAGACCUCACCCCGAGCAUCCCACAGCUCCUUGACCCCUUUGCUGAGUUACUGGCUCCACUUUCCUUUGCCAUGUGGGGCAUGGAAUGAGCUUACAGCUGCCAUUGCAGCACUGCCAUCAGCCCAUGUCCCACACACCCCUGGAACUGCUGUGGGCUCCCCCAGCCCCAGGGCAGCCCAGCUCAGCUCAGCACAGCCAACUUGUCCCCUUGUGCCCGGCUCCUUUCUGCAUCCUGCAGUCCUGCACUCCUUGUGUUUCCAAUGCAGGACCAGAUCUGGGGCUCAGAUCAACUCCCAAGUUCUGAAUGGAUGUUUAGAAAUAACACUUUUUAAUUAUUAUGAUGAUUCUUUAUUAUUGUUGUCCUUAUUAUUGCUAUUUAAUGUUAUUUUUGCCUCGGGGUCCACGUCUCCCACCCCCCAGCCCCUCCAUGGCCAGGUGCUGGCUGCACACACUGUCUCCCUUUGGUUUCUAUGCAGGACCUGCCCACGGCUGCUCUCAGGUCCCGCAGCUGCAGCAGUGACCUACUGUGACAAAAGCAGGAGAAAUAAGACAUUGUCAGUGCUCAGCUCAGCCUUUUUGCUCAAAGCUGUAGGAAUCGUGUUGGCCUUAGAAGGGGUCGUUAAUCUGAGGGAUCUCUUUAGGGUACAAUAUGACAAACAGCAUCCUGAGUGUGCCACCAGAAUGAACAUGGCUUUCUCAAUGAGGCUGGCAAGGAGCAGUGUGUUUCACUGGGGCUUCAGUCCCAUCCACAGCCUGCUGGUGUGAGACAGCCUCACUAGGGUACCUUAACUGGGGGUAUAUGGAAAUCCAUCUGAUUUCUGGAGCACUCACUUUCUGUAUGUGUGUACAACCUCUACAUUGCACUAACUGCUGGGUGAGAGAAAUAGAAGCCCAAUGUUUUCAGUAAGGAUCCAACAAGGACUGCCUCUAGGUGUGUAGCACCAGCAGUGCUGGCUGAGGACAGAAUGAAUUCAUAAUCUCUUUCUCUGUUUCAAUCAAUACAUCCUCUAUGUACAACACAACGCUACCAUAAACCAAAAACAUUGUCCAGAAACGGCACUUCAAAUUGCUGCCGUGCUAUAGAAUCCCAUAAGGGGCAGCAUUGCAGUCCUGGUUUGCCUGCCUUACAGCCACACCUCACUGUAUUCAUCUUUCCUCAGCCUUCCAGUCGCAUUGCUUUGGCUUUGGAGUUUGUUACGGGCAGUCCUGUAUCCCGAGUUCUGUUCAAGUUUAAACUUAUGUAAACUAUUGAGCGCACACGCAAUGCAGUACUUACCUAUACUUUGCUGGUUUAGUAUGAAUAUGUACUCUGAUGCCAAUUUACAAGAUUCUGUUGUAAACGCUUAUUGUGUAACAGUAACCAAUAGUGGCAAUUAUAUGUCAUUCUAAAAGCUGCAAUACUUAUACAAUAAAUUUUACAAUACUUUGGACAA